AUGUUUCAAUCGGCAACAAUCACGGAUGUCCAUCAAUGGAAAGGAUUCGCUGCCGAGGAUGAAAAUAUUGGCAGAGUACUUCCUAUCAUCGACCUUGCAAGUCUGGAGGAAACAGUCUCACCAAGUGCAUUGAUCAUUUUCAGUUUCUUCCGCCGUAUGAUGCAAAAUUUGGGGCGCGCUAUCCAGCUGAACUGUCACCAUCCGUAUAUCGAGUGUGUCGAUCUUCAGCUAGACAAACAAACUCUUGUCAUCAUGGCAAAUGCUGCACUUCACGACCGUCGCUUGAUUUCUAAAUUAUCCGUCUACUUAACUACCCUCGAGCAAGCCUACCACUGGCCAAGGGAUAUCCAAAGAACCACACCCCCGAAUAUUGAGGAGCACAAAUUGGUCUUUCAGGUCUUGCUACACGAAGAGCUUCAUCAUUUCCUAAAGGAAGAUCUCCAUAACUUGGAUGAUAUGUCUGUGGUAUCUGAGUUUGCAAUUGAUAGGGCUUUACGGCUCUCUCGCAACAUUAUCCAUGGCUCCAUGGUAUUCUCCAGUAAAGCAGCCCCAGGAGGCCGUUAUAAGUUUCAGGAUACGGUCAACCUUUUAUACCGUACUAGUCGCGGCGACUGGUAUGACCAAAGCCACUACCAAGAUGACGAAAGCCACUUGGAAUUCGGUCGUCUUCAUGAAACAACGCAUACAAAUGGCACUCAACGGCGGCUUCAGGAGCUUUUUGAAGCAAGUGGAGCAUUGCUAACGUUAAAGCAACUCCCAGGGGCUCUUUUAUGGCUACCCAGUACUUCGAGUGAAGUAUCUGUUGCGUUGGGUACCUUACAAUGUGCUGUCGCAGCUUGUCGGGAAGAGCUGUACAGCAUGAUGUUCGAUGAAGUAAUCUGGGGCAAGACGUUUGCACGGUUCUCUAAAGGAGUUGGGGCUUCAGACAUUGGAGGCGGUGGGGCUGACACGCCUCUAUUUAGGAUGUUGGAUGUAUUAUGCGGCAUGGAGAACGAAGAUAGCACGGCAGCACUUUUGGAAGAACUUGAUUUCCGGUCUCGAUUUUUCCCUCCAAAUAUCCGAACUAUGAUUAAGAUGCUAGCCAAAGCGCCUUCGCUUAGAAUGUGUGUUGCAAGAGCUGGUAUGCCUGAUGGGUUGAAGCAAGCAUUUAAUGGUUUACAGCAAGCAUAUUAUGACAUCUAUAAGAUGCAUCGCAAAAAGGCCAUGAGGAUAUUGUUAUCGCUAAGUGCGGGCCAGCUUUCCACCUCAUCUGGAACUGAAAGAGCAGGAAGCCCUGAGAGACAUAUUAUGUCAAGUCUUUCCAAGGCAAUGGAGGUCAGAUUCGGCAAGAAGCCCGAAAAAUACAUGAUAGACGCGAUAUGCAUCACACAACCUCUGUUUGAAGGGGCCACAUCAUGUUCUUUGGGGGCUCGAGUUAUUGUCCAAUUUGCCACGCCUCUCGUGGUCCUACCUGGAGAUGCGAUUAGCCUGGCGGUUAAUAUCGAAAAGGAGAAGCGGGAAACACGUACAUACACCGUGACUUCGAUUGUAGAGUCCGAAACGCUGACCCCGAAAGAGGAGUACUCAUUUCCACUGGCUAAAGCUGUCGAGAUCUGUGUCCGUACUACCGGACGUAAUGUCUCAUCGUAUAUAUGCAGCCAGCAAGAGCAAUUCGCCGCGAAGGCCAGUAUUUUGCCAUCACCACACUUUCGGCUUUCACCAAAUACAAGAAACGAGGGGCACAUAUUCAUGCUGGGCCAGGGUGGUGCUAUCGGAGUAUUUGCUACAUGGUUGAAAGACCAGAAAGCCUCGGUAGGGACCUACGAUGUUGUCAUCGGGGUGCGGAACCCAAGGGAGAUACCCUUCAAGCAAGAAUUGUGCCAAAUUGGUAGUCGUCUUAAUGUCCGAGUCACGGUCGCUACGCCAAACUUGAGCUUCAACGACGGCCAGUUUAUCAUCUCAUUGGGAUUAGUACCAUUUUCUGGGCGAGUUGAUGCUUACAUCAGGCAGCUUGACCAGUUUGACGGCACAUGCAUUUACAUAUGCGGCAGUGCAGCGUUUGGGGUAUCGACAUUGGCGGCUAUAUCUGAACAUCAGGAGCAGAGUGCUGGUAUUUCCGAACUCUCGCCUAUCCGGUCCCCGAUUGUGACAUCGCGAGCGCCAACGGUCAAGCUUCAUGUUUCCUCAACAGGCAACAACAGUGUUCAAGUUAAUAAGUCAGGGCUGAGAGCAAUUACAAAGGCGGAGUUAGCUCUGCAUAACGCGCCUGGCGAUGCAUGGAUGGCCGUAGGAGACAUGGUUUACGAUGUGACACCGUUUCUGAAGUUCCAUCCUGGAGGAGAGAAAGUCAUGCUGCAUGUCAGCGGCCGGCAAGCAAAGGAGCUAAUGGAUUUAAUCCACGGUGAUAGCUUUGAAGUGCAAGCCAUUCUCGCCAGGUUUCUCAUAGGCUACCUCAUGCCAACACCCACUCUCACUCCCUCGUCGACUGAUAUUGGUAAGUGGGAAAUGCGCUUGGAUGCUUUGGUCCAAUUGCAGAACGAUCUCAUAAAUGGCUCGAGGUUCGAGGUUUGGCCUGAACCUACCAUGGCUCGCCCAUCCGAAUGCCCUCCAGCAUAUGUAAUUAGCACUUCCAUCUCUCAGUUUGUCUCGUUGUGGUGUCGCUGGGCAGAGGAAACGGUCUCUUGCCAGGCGACAUUCAAUGCGGAACGAUACGAGGCAAAGAUGAAGGAAUCAGUCAGCGCAAAGGUGGCGUAUGUGUUGGAACAAGCAACCUCGUUAACGGACACAGCCGACCUCUACUUACGACAAACUUUUGACGUUUCGUUCCAGUCUUCCGCGGAAUGCCUCAGAGCACUCAGCCUAACUUUCAACAUCUAUGCUCAGGUUGCAGCGUCAGCCCAGGACGGCUUGCAGGAGUUAAAAGCCUCGUUGGGUGUGUGUAUGGCUGCGGGUGUUGAAGAUUCCAAGUAUCAUGAGAAGGUCUUGAGGUUUGCAUCGCGUCUUGAAGGUGUUCUUGGUGAGGCUGCUGUGGAGUUCAGAAAAAUAGACCAACCAUAG